AUGAUAAACAAAGAAGAAGCACAACGAUUAAAAGAAUUAGGAAAUAAAUGUUUUCAAGAAGGAAAAUUUGAAGAUUCAGUAAAACAUUUUUCUGAAGCAAUAAAAAAUGAUCCAUCCGAUCAUGUACUUUAUUCAAAUUUAUCUGGUGCUUAUUCAAGUUUAGGAAGAUUUUAUGAAGCAUUAGAAAAUGCAAAUAAAUGCAUAAGUUUAAAAAAAGAUUGGCCAAAAGGAUAUAUUAGAAAAGGAUGUGCAGAACAUGGUUUAAGGCAAUUAGAAAAUUCAGAAAAAACUUACUUAGAAGGGUUAAAAAUAGAUCCAAAUAAUAAAUCUUUAAAAGAUGGUUUAGAAAAAGUAAGACAAGAAAAAUUAUUAGAAAAUAUGGAAUUCAUUAAUCAUAUAAAUAAUUUAAUAGAUAAUGAUGAAACAUUGAAAUCAUACAAACAGGAAAAUGCGAAUUAUCCUAAUGAACUUUUAGAUACAAUAAAAAAAAUUAAUAGUAAUCCUAUGAAUAUACGUUUAAUACUGUCAUCUUGUAAUAAAAAAAUUAGUGAAGGAGUAGAAAAAUUUUUUGGUAUAAAAUUUAAUGAAGAUUCAGGUGAAGCAGAAAGAGAAAGACAAAGAAAAAAAGAAGAAGAAGAAAGAGAAAAAGAAAGAAAAAGAAAAGAAGAAGAAGAAAGAAAAAAAAAUAGAUCUCCUGAAGAAAUACUUGGUGAAGAACAUAAAUUAAAAGGAAAUGAGUUAUAUAAACAAAAAAAAUUUGAAGAAGCUUUAAAAGAAUAUGAUGAGGCUAUUAAAGUAAACCCUAAUGAUAUCAUGUACUAUUAUAAUAAAGCAGCUGUGUAUAUUGAAAUGAAAAAUUAUGAAAAAUCGAUUGAAACAUGUUUAUAUGCUAUUGAAAAUAGAUACAAUUUUAAAGCAGAUUUUAAUCAAGUAGCAAAGUUAUAUAACAGACUAGCAAUUUGCUAUGUCAAUAUGAAAAAUUAUGAUAAAGCAAUAGAAGCAUAUCAAAAAUCACUAGUAGAAGAUAAUAACAGAGUAACCAGAAAUGCUUUAAAAGAAUUAGAGAGAAAAAAAGAAAAAGAAGAAAAGGAGGCAUAUAUAGAUCCAGUUAAAGCAGAAGAACAUAAAAAUAAAGGUAAUGAAUAUUUUAAAAAUAACGACUUUCCAAAUGCUAAGAAAGAAUAUGACGAAGCAAUCAGAAGAAAUCCAAAUGAUGCAAAAUUAUAUUCCAAUAGAGCAGCAGCUUUAACCAAAUUAAUAGAAUAUCCAUCAGCAUUAGAAGAUGUUAUGAAAGCUAUAGAAUUAGAUCCAAAGUUUGUUAAGGCAUAUAGUAGGAAAGGAAAUUUACACUUUUUUAUGAAAGAUUAUUAUAAAGCUUUGCAGGCAUAUAAUAAAGGGUUGGAAAUUGAUCCUAAUAAUAAAGAAUGUAUGGAAGGAUAUCAGAGAUGUGUUUAUAAAAUUGAUGAAAUGUCUAAAUCAGAAAAAGUUGAUGAGGAACAAUUUAAAAAAUCCAUGUCUGAUCCAGAAAUUCAACAAAUUAUAUCUGACCCACAAUUUCAAAUAAUACUACAAAGAUUAAAUGAAAAUCCUAAUUCCAUCUCUGAAUAUUUAAAAGAUCCUAAAAUUUUCAAUGGUUUACAGAAACUUAUUGCUGCAGGAAUAUUAAAAGUCAGAUAA